AUGAAAAAUGGUGUGAAGGUGGAUUCUACAAAGUAUAAGCAAAUUGUUGAUUGUCUGGUGUACUUAGCAGCCACAAGACCUGAUCUAAUGUAUGUGUUAAGUCUAAUUAGCAGGUUCAUGAAUUAUCCAACUGAGCUACACAUGCAUGCAGUAAAAAGAGUACUCAGAUAUCUUAAUGGUACAAUAAAUUUGGGGAUUAUGUAUAAGAGAGAUGGAAGUGAGAAGCUGGAGGCAUACACAUAUAGUGAUUAUGCAGGUGAUUUAGAUGAUAGAAAAAGUACUUCCAGAUAUGUUUUUAUGCUCAGUUUAGGUGCAGUCUCAUGGUCGUCUAAAAAGCAACAAGUGGUUACUUUAUCAACAACUGAAGCAGAAUUUAUUGCAGCUGCAUUUUGUGCUUAUCAAAGUGUUUAG